AUGUCUAUCGAAACCAUAAACACUUCGCCUUUCGCUCAUCUCAUCCCAAAUUCAGGUCCUGAAGACUCCAAUUUUCCUUCGCAAAUGCUUCCUCCUCCCAAUCAUCUUCGCCAGCCUCCAGGUCCUUUAGACCCUCCCCAACUACCGCUUCCAGGACCUCCUCACGGCCUUCCUGAGCAAUACAGACUCAAUCCACCUCCCAACUCUUCCGCCGUGCUCUCAAAUCCUUCUCAGUUCCCGGGUACCAUUCAACCAACUGACAUCUCGAAUGCGGCGGCGGCAGCAGCAGCAGCAACGGCUAUAGGUGGUCUACCCGCCAGCUAUUAUCCGUCUGCGUCUGCAUCGGCUUCCUCAGGCGUACGAUUACCUCCCAUUCUUCAGGUCGAGAAGCAGCAGGUCACCACGUCUGCUACACAAUUGGCUAGUGCUUCCAGGCGUCGGAACGAGGCACAGUUCACCUGUCCUGUGCCUGGAUGUGGUUCUACUUUUACACGGCGAUUUAAUUUACGAGGUCAUUUACGAUCGCACACCGAAGAGCGUCCAUUUGUUUGCGAUUGGCCAGGCUGUAAGAAGGGUUUUGCGCGCCAACAUGACUGCAAACGACAUCAAGCUCUUCACACCGCAAAACCGCAGUCCAACGUUUGUCAAGGGUGCAAGAAGACGUUUAGCCGUUUAGAUGCGCUGAAUAGACACUGUAAGUCGAAUUCUGACCUUCUGUUAUGA